AUGGCGCAUUUCGGAAGGCUGGACGAGUCACAUCCUUACUACGCGAUCGCCGCGGCUCGAAUGUCGCAAAAGCCAGAGACAAAACCAGUCACCGUAGGCAGAAUCUAUUGGAAAUUCGCUGCGUUCAACUUCAUUCAUAAAAGAAUACAGGAGACCGAUGGCGGUUUCUUCGAGAACCUUGGAACGUUAUUGGCCGAGAAGGUUCGAGCGCAGGAACAGCAGGAAGGACCGCUUCCGAAGAAGGGAGAUGAGAACCAGAAAACAGAGGAAGGAAAGGAAGAAGCAGAAGACGAUUUGAGCGAGGAAGGUACCAUCGAGGAGCCUGUCGAGGCACUUUUGGAGACCGACAGCGACAGGGACGAAAACGAGCAUGCCACGAGUUUUCUAGCAGAGUCUAUGGGAUGGAACUUUGAACUGCGAGUAAGAAUAAUGGUGAGCACCAACCCACCCCUAGGGGUGGCUACGAUGAAUCGAGGGAGAAACACUUUCCGCGGCGUGCCCAAAGCGGAAAUCGAACGCAGGACUAACACCCUGCUACAGGCUAUGACGAUCGAGGAGCUGUACGCCGCUCUGGUGUUCAUGAUCCAGCACCAAAUCGGCUACGACGUUUCCAAGGAGUGUGAGCUGGAAACUCUGUUGAAUUACCUUCAGAAUGCGUUCAAAGUCGACAACGACGUGCACGAGAGGGUUUUGGACGAGACGAGAAACAUGGAGCCGCCGGAGAUGCAUUUGAACGUCGAAGUGAUCGAAGCGAAGGAACUGGUGUCGAAGGACGCCAACGGCAAGAGCGAUCCAUUCUGUGCCCUUUACCUCGAGUCAGCUCCCACGAGGAGAUACAACACUGCCGUGAAAACGUCCACGCUCAGCCCCGUGUGGGAGGAACACUUCGAACUGGAUUUCGACGCUGCUGAAACGGUGCCCGAAAAAAUGAGCAAGGUGAAGGACGUGAAGGGUGUUCGAGGGCUGGUGAAACUAGCGAAGGAGAUCGCAGUCACUGCCACUACUGGCUCUCACGACAACGAAUUCAUCGGUCGCUGUAGGAUACCUCUGAAGGACAUACCGACAACAGGCCACACAAUGUGGUACUCGCUCGAGAAGAAGAACAAGUCGAAACGGCGCGGUGUGGUGAAACUAAGGCUGGCCUUCAGCGCGGAGCACAAUGCACAAGUGGCCGCGCAAGAGUACCGACACUUGAUCAGAGUGCUAUUGUUACAUGAAAUCGAGACUCAGAAGAUAGAGAAAUAUUGUUGGUGUGGCCGAUGGUCAGCGCCAGCGGAGGUUCUCCUUCUUCAGCACAGCGCUCAACGGGGCUUGCUCGCCAGGAACGUGACGCUCGCUCAAUGGAUAGAAUACGCGAGAAUUCACCAGGAACAUCCGUUGAACUUCACCUUGUUCAAUAAACUGGCGAUCGAUCUUCUGAGGCCGAUGGAGAAUGGCCUUUUCUCGCCGGAUGAGACGAAGCUGUUUUGGGACGCUACGAAGAAGCUGUUGUACUCGUGCCUGAACAGUGUUCGCAAGAUCAGGAGGCUCGAGGCUGGAGACAAGAACACCAUGACGCAGCUGUCCGCAAUUCUAGGAAUACUGUCGUCGAUCUCGUCCCUUAAAAUGCCUGCAGACUGCAAUCUAUUCCCCGCGAAGAUGUACUCCUGGUUCCCAGACCCUGACGAAGCACCGAGUGUCCUUCAAGCUUUGGAGUACACAGUCGAACAGGGUGGCGUCGAGUGGUUCGAACAUAUAUUGAACAACAAUUUCCCAGAGAGCGAGUCGGACGAGGAUGCGUUGAAGCAUCACAUCAAAAUAAUUCAGCUGAUCAGAGCAGAUUUGCAAAAUGCCAUCGACAAUUAUGACAAGCUAUUUAUCAAACGGAUCAACCUUCCUUACGCAAGAUGCCUGUACAUGAUGUACGAGAAGAGAAUCAGCGACAUGUGCAUGAUUAUCAUAGAAGAUAUCUGCGGCAGAUUGAAGCGGAUCGAAAUCGAAAACGCCGACGUGGAACUGAAUUUGGGGACGACUCUGUUCGAACUGUAUCUCGCGUUGCAGAGAUACGCUAUCCUCGGUCAAGUACUCUGCGCUGAGGGGCAGCUCGAGGGGAUGAAAGUACAGAGUUACCACGAGUGGUUCAGGGCUGGUGUGGCGCACUGGCUCGAUAUAGCAGUGUACAAGGCUUUGAAACGGAUCGACAGAGCAGUGGAGUUCGACACACUGCAAGCGGUCGAUAACUCCGUUCAGUAUAGCUCGAGCGCAGUAGAUACGUUAACGAUAUUCUAUCAAAUCAAAGACAUCUGCAAAUGUUCGAUCGCGUACGCCGACAAAAUGGCAAAGAAGGCAGAGCUGACCACCGAAUUGGAACAACUGUCAGAGAGCAGCGUGUACGAGAAGAAAUUUGUCGUGUCGACCGCUUGGUGUUUCGCGAUCAACAACAUCGAUUACAUUAGAACGUCGAUUGGACCGUUGGCCAACGAUCUGGGACUUCAGAAUAUCGUGGAUGCAUUGGCGGAGAGGAAGACUCAGGAAGAGGCAGAAAGGUGUCAACAGACGCUUCAAUUAAUCAUCGACAAUGCCACAGACACCGUCAGAAACAAGAUCAUAGAGCUGCUGCAAGUUGUCGCGAAUAAAAUGGCCCCUGCUAUGAACAGGUAUCUCAUGGAGGGUGCAGAGUUAAUAGACACGACCAGCAAUUCCAUGGAACGACUUCUACAAUAUCUGGACAGUAAUCUGACGACGUUGCACGAUUACCUUAACGACGACAAUUUCGAGAGGAUUUUGCUCGUCAUCUGGGACACGAUAUCGGAGAGUUUAUAUCAAUUGGUACAUAAUAAUCUAGAGAGAAGGAGGCCACCGUCGUUUUACUCGAAUCUUCAUCGUUCCUUGCAUACCCUCAUUCGGUAUUUCAACAUCGGAGCCGACGAGGCGGCGAACGUGAGAGUUUUAGAGAAAAUCGAACACCUGCUGGAGCUCCACGGUCUGGAGACGGCCGAACUGAUACAUCGUUACCAUCAGGAGAGAAUAAAGGAACAGAACGAGUUGGAAGAAUCCGAGUACGGGCAGAUCACUGUCAAGGCACAGUUUGUCGAUAAUUCACUGAACAUUCAGAUACUGAACGCGAGGAAACUGCGGCCAGUUGACAGUAACAGUAGUUGCGACUCGUAUGUGAAGGUGAAGCUACUUCCGGAAGAGAAGUUCGCUGACGUGAAGCUGCCUAAAACGCACGUGCAAAAGGAGAACCUGUAUCCGCUGUUUGACGAGAUUUUCAACAUUCACCUGACAAACGAGCAGAGAAACACGGAAAACGCGAUCGUAGUCUUCGAGCUGAAAGACAAAGAUUUUCUUCGAUCGAGAUUCAUGGCGGAAGCUUUCCUACCAUUCGGCGAAAUUGCUAAAACAAGCUCGGACCAAAGAAUCGAAUCUCUGGAGCAAAUCCACUUGAAGCUUUCCCGUCCAACGAGAAAGAGCAAGUUCUCUUUGCUAUUUAUUCCUUCAAUCAGAACUAACCGAUUCCUUUUGUCUAAUCUCUCUUCACUUUUUUUUAUUUAUUGCUUCGCGUGUUUAGGCACGGACGUGAUCCAAGCGUUGGAACAUAGGAAGGGAGACAACCAGGCGACAGAGUUCUUAUCGAAGCUCAGUUCCAAGGCUGAACGA